CGUGUGAUUUCUUUAAUAUGAUAUCCUGCUAUGGACAGCACUACUAGUAGUACUACUAAUAUUCAUCUUGUGGUUCUUGUUGUAGUAGACUACUACUACACUACUACUACUACUACUAGUACUAGACUAUUGCCUGGUAGCGUGCCCGGCGUGGUAAAAUAGUCAAUGAUGAUCGUCCCAAUACUGGUCCGGUAGGUCUUCAGGUUUUUGGGAACGAUCCAAUUCUACUGCUGCACUGUAAGGUGUCGUGUGAAAAAAAUGGCCCGAUCCCACUUGUUCAUGCCAAGAAUUCAUCCGGGAAUUAGAUUUUACAUGGAAGUUGUUACGUAAUUUUGAUCAACACUCGCCUAAAACUAUUACGUUGGCAACCGUUCACGUCUCACCAACAAAAUAUCGAAUUUAACGCUCAUGCCCCCAACAAAACAUCAUGCAAUUCGUUGAAGUAGGUUUUUUGUUUCGGACGAAAGCAGUGCAUCAUCAUUUUUUUAGAAUUGUUUUUGGCAGAACGAAUUGGUUGAAGAUUGUCAUUUUGAGUUCACAUACAACAACGAAGGAGACAACUUGGUACUACAUCUUGACAAAGCGAAAGAGUCGACUUAAGAUGGUAUCUCCAAUAUCUUACGGAUCAUGCGCCUCUCAGUCUACAGUCAUGAUGAUCGACUCUCAUCUCGCCGUGGAUCAAUUGAAAACAAUUCUGCAGAUAGAAACCAAAUAUAGAAUCCCUAAUGCUUCCUGUCAGGAAGCCUCGAAUGAACACAGAAUUUAUCCCUAUAGUGAAUGGAGGAGGAGAAUCUGCCAAUGGUCGUUCAAAGUAAUCGAUCACUUUAAAAUCGACAGAGAGGUUGUAAGCAGAGCAAUGAGUACACUAGAUCGCUACUCGUACAUUAAGACCAGCUAUUCGAGAAAUUGUUCCUUUAAUGAUACUUCGAAGGAAAUAAUUGAUUCUCGAACAUUUCAGCUCGUUGCAAUGACUUCACUGUAUCUCGCAAUAAAAUUAUCCGACAACGACGAAGGCCAAUAUGCGUCGUGUAGAAAGCUCACACUAAAUUCAUUUGUAGAACUUUCUCGUGGUCAGUUUUGCUCAGAGGAAAUAUCUCAAAUGGAAUGGUAAGUAGACCCGUAUGGUUCGCUACCCGACUUGUAGCUUUUGGAAAAACUGCGAGACUUUUGAGACGUUGUUCUGUACAUCUCGAUUCAACUCUUGUUAUCUUACUUUCUGCUGUUCCUUUUGCGUCCAUUGUACUGAAGUUCGAUCCUUGAUGAACUUCAAUGGGAGGUCUUCCCACCUACCCCAAUGACUUCGAUGGCGUAUUUGAUGCGUAUGAUGCCUUCUCACGAGUCACUGCAAUACACAGGUUGCAAAAGCUAUAACUUAGUCCUUCAUGUGCUUCACGAGCUGGCCCGCUACAUAACCGAGCUCUCCGUUUGUCACAGUAACAUAUGCACUGGUUACACAUCUUCUCAGGUUGCAUAUGCCUCUAUUCUCCUUUCGAUGGAACUUUUGACACCUGUUGCGCUACCUCUCCAUAUUAGAGAUCAAUUUAACACGGCCGUCGCUUUGGUUUCCCAUCGUUCCGGAGGAACAAUUCUAUCGUCACAAGAUGACAAGAUUCUAUAUCUACAAGAACUUCUACGCAACUCUUUCUGGCCUGAGAUUUUAGUUGAAGAUUGUGAAUACGGCGAAAUUGGACAUCCAAUAUCGAUGGCCAAAGACUUCGGAUUUAUAGAUAUUCCUCACAUCGUUUCCCCCCACCACACAAUACCGACAAUAUCGUCAAAUAAUGGUACGGCGAUGCAUUGCCAAAGUUUGUCAGCAUCUCUCGACAAGGAACCGGACCUACGAAGCUCCCCAAUUUGUGUCAACCGACACUUUUAGUUUCAUAGAUUGAAAGAUUACAAAAAAUAUAAUAGAUUACAUCAUAGAAA